ACCGGCAUGUAAAUAUUACUUAGCUGUGCUUUGCAUAGAUGCCGCUAUCUUUCAUUUAAUGUUAGGAAUAGCCAAUAUAAAUGUACCCGGACCGUCGCAGCACUUUGUAGCUAGGUCUGUAAACCAGCUUGUGAAAAUAGUGAAGCGUGCUCCUGUCAUGAAAGCGUGAUUGAAUCUGUUUGGGUGAGAGAUGGUGUCCUCCUGCGAGCCACAGCUGCGGCUUUUCUCUUGCUCCGUUAUUCUUCUUUUACUUUUUCAAGCCAGCGACGCCAAGAGGGAUUUAAAAAGCGCCUGCGUCACCUGCCAGCAAAUCACCGAGAACUUCAACAAGGGUUUUGACAGAACAGCAAAGCAGAACUUCGGUGGGGGCAAUACAGCCUGGGAGGAGAGGAAACUGUCCAAGUAUGAGAAGAGUGAGAUUCGACUGAUGGAGAUCCUGGAGGAUCUGUGUGAGAGCAGCAGCUUCGAGUGCAACCGCAUGGUGGAGGAACACGAGGAGCACUUUGAGACUUGGUGGUUUAAAAAGAAAACCAAACAUCCUGAUCUGCAUAAAUGGUUCUGCAUAGACACCAUCAAGGUUUGCUGUCCAAAGGGAACAUUUGGGCCUGACUGCAAUGCUUGCAUAGGGGGCUCAGAGAGGCCGUGUCAUGGAAACGGAGUGUGUGACGGCGACGGGACUCGCGGAGGCAACGGGAAAUGCAGCUGCGACCACGCCUAUAAGGGGGAGUUCUGCUUAGACUGCAUCGACGGGCAUUUCAGUGAAGUCAGGAACGACACCUUCUCUCUGUGCUCAGAGUGCCACUCGUCUUGUAAGACCUGCACCGGAGCAACCAAUCAGGACUGCGACGAGUGCAAGGAAGGCUGGGAAAAGGACAACCAAAAAGCUUGUGUCGAUGUGAACGAGUGUGCCAAAGAUUCUUCUCCAUGCAACGAGGAUCAAUACUGUCUUAAUAGUGAGGGCUCCUACUCCUGCAAGGCUUGUGACAACGCCUGCACGGGUUGCACUGGAGCUGGUCCUGAUGAGUGCCAAGCUUGUGCCCAAGGGUACCAGGAUGUAGAAGGAACCUGCACAGAUAUUGACGAAUGUUCACAGUCUGAGCCUGCGUGUCUGAAGGAGCACCAGGAGUGUGUCAACAAUAAAGGCAGCUUCAUCUGCAUCUGUGCCAGUGGCUAUGAGGAGAAAGAUGGCGAGUGUGUCCAACAGAGCGAUGCAGUAGAGGAGUCUGAAGCAUCAGAGAUGACUUCAGGUGCACAUAGGGAGCUCUGAUGUCUAAACUGGAACCAGUAUCUCAUGAUUUGUUUUCUUUUAACCUUCAUCGUCUGCUUUCAAACCCCACUAUGAUGUUUUCCAGCAAUGGAACAAGACAGAAACAGGACAUUUAUGCUGUCUAUGUGCCGCAGUUCAUUUGUUGUUUUUAAUAAUGAAAAGUAUUUCAAUAAAAGUGGAUUAUGUUCAA